CAUAAGCAGCCAGCUGUUCAAAGUAAACAAUCUUGCGACCGUGUUUGAAUCCCGUUACGGUUUACAUAAGUUGUUGUGAUUAAUUUUCUUAAUAAAAUAGGAAAAUCAAUGCUUAUGAAUUGAAAGUAAAAUGAAUCUAGUAAAACAAGUACUGAUCAGCGUUUCCACUCGCGGGUUCGCAACUUCACAGAUGCACCUUCGACCGAAGCCGGAUCCGCGCCAAGCAGAACUCAUGGCUCGUAGCCUUCCGAAGCGGCUGCCAUUGAAAGGUGUCCGCGACAUAGUGGUAGUUUCUUCGGGGAAAGGAGGUGUCGGUAAGACCACCACGGCAGUCAAUCUGGCCGUCACGUUGUCAACGAUGGGCAAAAACGUGGGCAUUUUGGAUGGGGACAUUUUCGGUCCGUCGGUUCCACUGAUGAUGAAUGUGACGGAGGUUCCGCUGCUGGACGAGCGUAAUCUGAUGAUUCCACCGGUGAACUUCGGUGUGAAGUGCUUGUCGAUGGGUCUCCUGGUGGAAACCGGGCCGGUGGUGUGGCGAGGUCCUCUGGUAAUGUCAGCCAUCCAAAGGCUGCUAAAGGGAGCCCUUUGGGGUCCGCUGGAUAUCCUGGUGGUGGACACACCCCCCGGAACGGGUGAUGUUCAUCUGUCCCUGAGCCAACAUGUUCCCAUUUCUGGUGUCCUACUGGUCAGUAGUCCUCAGCGCGUUGCUCUGGAAGUAACCGCCAAAGGAGCCGAAAUGUACAAAACUUUGAAGGUACCGUUGAUUGGCCUGGUGGAGAAUAUGAGCCACGUAAUCUGUGAUAAAUGCGACAAUCGAAUCGAACUGGCGCAGAAUUCAACCAAGGACUUUGCUAAACAGUUAGGGGUGGAAGUGCUGGAAAGCAUCCCCAUUGAGAAAGAGGUGAUGCAGUGCGGAGAUUCCGGAACGCCCCUCUGUCUAAAAUAUCCCGAAUCGCAAUUCGCUAAGGCAUACCGAAAUAUUGGACAAAAGGUGAUAGAUUUUUUAGAAAAUAAACGAACAACUGUUACUUAACAAACUUAAA